GGCAUGUUAUCUGUGGCGUUUCAUUUCUGAAUGAGUUUGGGAGGGGUGGAAUGCGUGUGUAUUUCUGAAUUCCGGAUUUAGGCUUUAAUUUAUUAUGUAUUAUCAUUUAUCAGUGCGUACGUAGUGCCGUUACAAAAAGUUGUGUAGUAUGAACCAUAUAUAUAUCGUGUAAAACAGUUUGCUCGAAUUUUUUAUUUUAUAUGGGCGUCGAUAAUCAUGCAAAAUGGCCAACGAUUUGUGGUCAUGUACCUGUUGUGCCGAGGCUCUGACAUGUUGGCUGCGUCUGAAGCUGUCGCCGGAGGAGAUCGAGCAGCGCUACAGGAGCAAGGAGAUAGACAGAAUACUUGAAAAGGACAAGCAGACGCUGCGGCGGCAGGUAAAGCUGCUGCUACUCGGCGCGGGUGAAAGCGGAAAGUCAACAUUCCUCAAACAGAUGAGAAUCAUACACAAAGUGAAGUUUGAGCCGGAACUGGUGCGCGAGUAUCAGCAUGUGAUAUAUCAGAACAUAGUGAAGGGAAUACAAGUGUUAGUGGAUGCGAGGGAUAAGCUCGCCAUACCAUGGGAGAACCCUCGCAAUCUGGACGUGGGCCAGCAGGCGCUGCACUUUAUCAGCACGGCGUCGCUCGACAGCCGGCUGUUCAUGCACUACGCACCGCACAUACACUCGUUGUGGCUCGACAGGGCCAUAAAAAGGGCCUAUGACAGGCGAAGAGAAUUUCAAUUGAGUGAUUCAGUGAGCUAUUUCUUCGACGAGCUGGAGCGUAUCGCCCGGCCGGACUACGUGCCGUCCCACCAGGACAUCCUGCACUGCCGGAAGGCGACCAAGGGCAUAACGGAGUGCACUAUCAACAUAAACAACGUACCUUUCGUGUUCGUCGACGUGGGCGGCCAGAGAACGCAGCGGCAGAAGUGGACGCAGUGUUUCGAUUCGGUGACGUCGAUAUUGUUUCUCGUCUCGUCGUCAGAGUUCGACCAAGUGUUAUCGGAAGACAGAAAAACAAAUCGCCUUGAAGAGGCUCUUAAUAUCUUCGACACCAUCGUGAACAACGUGAACUUCAAAGGUAUAUCGAUAAUACUGUUCCUGAACAAGUCGGAUCUGCUCGCGAAGAAGGUCGCGAGCAAGGAGACCGACAUACGCUGGUUCUACCCGCAUUUCGCCGGCGAUCCCCACAACCUGAGAGAUGUACAAAUGUUCCUGCUCAACAUGUUCGCCAACGUACGGAGGGAGCCUAAAACAACCCUAUACCACCACUUCACCACGGCGAUAGACACGCACAACAUCGAGGUAGUGUUCAACUCCGUCAAAGACACCAUACUGAAUCGUAACCUCGAAUCUCUGAUGCUGCAGUGACCGGUUAUGAGUUCUGUGUAUAAAGGAAUUGUUAAAUUGUGAUACAUAUUGGUAAUAUUUGUCACGUUUAGUUGUUGCACACAUGUUUCACUCGUCGAGUGGCAAUUAAAAGACAAGGUAUGUGAUGUAUGGACAGAGUGGUCUGUAAGUGUAAAUGGAGAUUGCACCCGCUGGUGUUUAUGUAUAUGAAAAUAAUGUAUUAUUGAAUUUAUCAAGUAUAUUUAUGACCAAAAAAUUGUAGAUUUUGCACAUAUAUAAAGUAUUAUUAUGAUCACGUUUUGGGUAAUAUGUACUGUGUGUACGCAUGCGUACGGAUGAGUGGUGGUGCGGCGUGUUUGGAAUUAGUCUGGAUUCUGUUUCACUUGAUUAACGGUUUUUAAUAAACGAUCCCAAUCUCAAUCUUCAAUCCGAUUUCGAGAAUGAACCAAUCGGAAUAACUCAUUUGUAAGCAUGUCAAAAUAAACUGUUCUGAUUGGUCAAUUUUUUAGAUCGAAAAAAGCGAUUGGGAUCGUGUAUUGAAAAUGGAUUAGUCAUUGCAUUUAACAAUAAAUUUGGUACUUACUGCGUUGUUAAAACGGAGGUUUAAUAGUGACCAUAAAGAUGUCGCGUGGUAAACAUGCUUCGAACUCGGGUCGAUAAUUUGUGUAUGAGAAGUGGUUAGUGUUUCUUUAAAUACUCUAUAGAUCAACAGACGGAUUGCGUUUUAUUUGCGAUUAAUUCCAUUUGUCCUAUGUUUUUUACUAGAUUAGAAUAGGUAAAAAAAAUAUUUCUCUAACAUGAAUAUUACGGAUUAUUAAUAUUACAGUUACCCGGCCCUUGCCUAAGUCGGUGCUCCUUAUUAUCCGAGAAGCUUAUGACAGACAUCUUCGUUAAUGCACAAUCAUCUAGUAGCUUUUGCUCGCUGUUUCGCCCGCGUGACAGAUUUCUGGGGUGAAAAUUCCGACAUAUAUAGUCUCUUCAGGGUUUCAAACUAUCACUAUACAAAAUUUCAUCGAUAUCCGUUCAGUGGUUUUUGAGUUUACUAUUUUUUCAAUAUCCAAGGCUAAACGGCCGAACUCAUUUUCAUAAGAUUAUUUAUUUCCUAAAUAAAGAGAUAAAUCUAUUUUUUCAAUCCUGGGAAAGGUUACAAGCGGGCGGAUUCGUGAGCAAAGUUUGUUAAUAUUUUAGUGUAAAGCCACAGACGAAUACCCGCAGGACGGGAUGAAAACUUUUGCAUUUUAACUCCUAAAACAAUAGGUAAUAGUACUAAUUUACAUUACAAAUUACAAUAUAGUUGUAUGACUCACAGGAAUGUGUGAUAUAUACUAAUAUUAUUAAAAAUAAUUGUUUGUAUGGGCUAAUCUCUGGUAUAACGGAACCGAUUUUGAAAAUUUGUUCAUUAAUAAGAAGCUACAUUAUUCCUGAUUGCUAUGGGUAUCGUAAUAUUUUAUCUUGGUAAAUUUUCAGACUUAAAUCCCGCAAAAACUGACGCGUGCAAACUAGUCUUUUUUAAUAUUAUUAUCAUCCUUGUAAGGAAGGUUUAAUUUGAUUGUUUGAUUUUUUUUUUGGUUUGAUUUACUCCUUAAAGAGAAGGCAAAGGCUCUCAGCAGUACAGCCUAGGUUUAUUUGAUUAUCGAACGUGCAUUUGACAUUUAUAAUUUGUUUGCAUUUAUUUUUAAUAACCUGAUUACUUGUUUUGUACAAGCUGAAGUUGAUUGUGUGGCUUAAGAUUUUGUCGUAUGACAAAACAGUGAGUGGUUUGCAUUAUGAUAUAUCAUGCUGGUGGUAGGAUAUAUCUUAUAUCCGCCCGGAUAGCAACCACCGUACACAAGGUGUUAAAAUCCGCCAUAGUGGCACAUGGAAGUGUGCCGCGUUCCGGAACCGGCCUGUGUAUGUCCGGUUCCAAAAGGCCGGCAUAAUUGCGUCGACUGUCGAGCCCGCUUCACUUACCAUCAACAACCACUUUACCGCGCAAGUAAAGAAAAUGAUGAUGAUAUGAUACCUGUAAUUACGUUAAUGUAUAUUACACUCAAAUAACCCAGACUAAUUCCAAACAGUUGCAUCGUCUACAUGUGUCUUCAUAAUACUACGGUUAGAGUAAGUCGUGAGGUAUGUUAUUGCCAUAGUAUUUAUAAAGUUCCAUUAGGUUACAACGCAAAACUGACUCUUUUCGCUGGUGUUAUAGUCCGCAUUCCCACGCUGGCCUAUUCUCAAUGUUGCUGUGCCAAGUAAUUAGCACACGUAAUGACUAAAA